AUAAAAUCUCCAAAUACACUCUGGUUUACAAAUCAUAAUUUAUUUCUAAAACCUAUAUCAAUCUCGAAAUGGCUAGCUUUCUAACUCGUCACUUCCCAUGGUUUCCCCGUCCUCAGUUUCACUUCCUGAAAUGGUGGACAAGGAAAAACUAUGAGAUAAACUCAGUAAGUAAAUAUGGAUUGCCCUUAAUUAAACUUAUAGCAUGCCAACAUGUGCAAUCAUGCAAAACGGAUACAGCACGGGAACGAAAUAGACGUCUCCUCUAUAGGUCAUGGCCAGCGUCUAACACCCACUGGCAGGCGCACUGUUUGCUGGUGUAUAAUCCCCACAAGCAGGGUCACUGUUUUGCUGGUGUAUAAUCCCCACAAGCAGGGUCACGAAAUACAUAUCGACAUGUGCCGACAUGUGCUAGCGUUUAUAACCUCCCCCACUAGCAGGGUCACUAAUAACAUGACCACAUCGGAGACAAAACAGGCAAAAGUUAACGAAAAUCACAAUUCACAAUCACUUUCAGAUCAUCAGGACAGUCACUUAAAUUUCAACCCGAUUCUGCUUUCUUCUCAUUUCUUCCCGCUGCAGCCACCCAAAAAAAAAAAAGAAAAAAAGAAACCCAGCCAUGCCUUGAGGAAACUAGUAAUAAAGCUUGAUUUUUCCCUUCUUUUCUUGUCCAAGAACCUGAUUUGGAACCCAGAAAUCUCCCCCCUGCAGGAAGCUUUCGGAUCUGCUCUGCUCUUCUGCCCUUGUCCGCCGGCUGCCCUUGUUGUGGGUGCAAAUUCUGGGCAUUUUUAGGUAAGAAACAGCCAUGAAUCUCCCUUCUUUAGCUUGAUUUAGCUUGGGUUUAUCUUAAUUGCUCUUGUUCCUCCAAUUUUUGGGAAACCCGUGAGUUCCCUGCAGAUGUGCCGCCGGCCUCUUUUCCCCUUGCAGCUCCGGUUUUAGCUGGAGAGUUAUGGUAUGUUGACAGCCCUUUUAAGGCUUAAAUUAUUCAUUUAAAGUUGCUGCUUGUGAUGUCCGAAUUUGGCUAGGAAAUGGGGAAAUUCCGGUAGCAAUUAAGAGGGAUUUAAGUGUGUUUUGUUGCUUAAUUCAUGUGUAAAUUGCUUGAGGUAAUUGUUGUGAUUUUUGGAGAGAAAAUCCCGUGAGAUUAGCUAGUGUUUUGGCCAAUUUGUGGAAGUCGGGGUACUGUUCACGGGUACUGUUCACCGACACUGUUCAUACCCCGAGGGCCAACAUUUAACGGGUAUUUAAGUGAUUAGUUUGUGAUAAAAGAACGAAUUUGGAGAUGUCCGAUCAUGUGGAAAGUGAUAGAAAUAGCAUUGUGAUUAGGAAUGAUCCUAAUGAUGAUUUCAGUUUGAAUUUGUGAUAGUCCGGUAAUUAAUUCGUGGAUGUUUUGAUUAGGUUCUUGAUCAUUCUGUCAGUUUAGUACGUGACUUGAGUGCUCGGUUUUGCGGAGUGAGGUAAGUAAAUUUAUGGUAAUGCCCGUACUGUUUUUAAAAGCAUGUUUUGAUUUGUUUUUGAAGUGGUGGCGGGACUAAACCCGUUUUACACGA